CAGCCAAACGCGCACUGUGAUGCGACUCACGGUGCGCCCGGGGAGUUUGAUCCCGUGAAAGUGCGGUGAAAAGCUGUUUUUUUUUUUCUUUCGCUGUUUUCGCGUUUCAUAUGUGAAUCUAAAUCGGUGCGAGUAGACAUAGUUUCGUUGUCGACAUAAGUGUCUCGACAACGCGGACAUCAAGUGUGACACCGCGUCUUGGAGUUGACUACCAUCGGGCACAAUGAAGUUUGUGUGGUUGGCUUGUCUCGUCAUAAGUGUGGCGGCUCUGGCCAACGCCAGAGGACCGACCAGCUGCGAGUCCAAGCUGCGCAAUUGCACGGACCUGGUGAAACCGUUCCUGAACGAUCUCCGCUACAUGUUCCCAACCACCAUCGUGGACGUCGACGACAUGUGCAAGAUGUGGAGUCGGUUCGUGGACUGCAUCCGGCGCUACGUCACGGACUGCGCCACCGAGGACCAGAGGGCCAAGUUCAACAACGCUGUCGGAGAUUCUAUCGACACCGUCCACGCUAUCUGCAGUUCUGAACGCUACCAGAGAGAGUACCUGCAAAACGCUUCCUGCUUCCGUAAGGUAUCCGUGGACAACUGCGGCACAUUCUACACGGCCAUGGUGGAUCAGGUCACCAACCCGACCUCCAGACACGACCACAUCUGCUGCUCGUACAGUCAGUUCAAGAGCUGCGUGAGCGAGCCCCUGCUUCGGUUAUGCGGCAACAGAGCCAGAACCAUCAUGGACCACUCGAUGGCCUUCCUCAUCGACCGCUGCGGGAAGUCCUACUACUCUCUGUCCUACAAGUGUCCCCGAGCGAGGGCGCUUCCGGCGUCCAGUCUUCUGGAGGCCUCCCCUAGCCCCGACUCGAUGAUGGCCAGCACCAGCACCAGGAGGCCCAAGAAGUCGGUGGUCUCGGUGACCACUUGGUACCCCAGAACUGUCCUCCACACGGUGGCUCCGACCCCCAGCAGUCAGGUGUCGCAGUACAACUCAGCCCGAGUGCAUCGGUUCGGCGGUGCCCUCGCAGUCCUGGGUGUCAUGCUCAACCUUCUCCUGGUCCGGUUCAGCUGAGACCAAGGAGUGUCAUGUCGUUCGAAACAAGAAUCGAGUUGCUUUCCAUAAACGCCACGUCCACCGCCGUGGUGUAACUUGCAAUGCGACCACUUACCAGUCAGUCAAACUAAUGGAGAAGCCACGAGCGCAAAUUUGUAGAUUUGGAAGACCUUCAGUUGUCGGCAGGAAAGAACUUAAUACACGGGAAGGCCCUUUGUCACUCUCCCUGUUGAAAUUUGGUGUGUAUAAUGUCGCGAUAUUUGUUUGUUGCGAGCGUUGUAGAAAUAAUCUGUGGUGAGCGCCUUGAGGCACAGUAGACGCUACGAACGCGAGGUGGAAGCCUUGGGAGCCGCUCGUUGACUGGAAGCAGUUUAAAAAAACUAGGAGCUCCCAUCUUUUUUUU